CUGUGUCCGCCUGUGUCUGUGCUGUGUCGACACUGUGACGUAUGUGCAAACAGCUUUGACGUCACAAGCCACGCCCAGAUCCGCCCGCUGUCGGCGCCCGUCUACCCAUCUUACACGGAGCCACGAGAAAAGAAACCUUAUAAUGAUGAUAGAGAGUUCAAAAUUGAUGCGAUCUACGUCUUUGAACAGUUGAACCAUUCCGAUGUUUCUGAAGAAUUCUCAACAUCGAGGACGGAGCAUCGCACGUGUUGUGCCUGUGGGGAGCCCAUAGCUGAUCGCUUUCUACUGGAAGUAGGCGGCGGCGCUUGGCACACGGGAUGUCUGAGAUGCUGUGUUUGUGCUGUGCAAUUAGAUAGACAUCCAUCCUGCUUCCUAAGAGACAGACAAGUGUAUUGCAAGCAGGACUACGCCAAGAGUUUUGGAGCGAAGUGUUCCAAGUGCUGCCGAGGCAUCUCCUCAUCAGACUGGGUCCGCAAGGCUCGUGAGCAGGUAUACCAUCUGGCCUGCUUCGCCUGCGACGCCUGCGGCCGUCAGCUAUCGACGGGGGAACAGUUCGCCUUGCACGAGGACAGAGUACUCUGCAAGCCACACUACUUGGAAACCUUGGAUGGUGGAUCUAUUUCUUCAGACGACGGCUGUGACUCAGAAGGUUACCACAAAAGUAAAGCGAAACGCGUCCGUACGACUUUCACGGAGGAACAGCUGCAAGUACUCCAAGCUAACUUCCAGUUGGACUCGAACCCUGACGGCCAAGACCUGGAGAGGAUCGCGCAAGUCACCGGCCUCAGCAAACGGGUCACGCAAGUCUGGUUCCAGAACAGCCGAGCCAGGCAGAAGAAACAUCAACAUACUGGCAAAGGAAAACAGAAUCAAGCUAUGUCUCGUGAAGAUGCGGUGGGGUUUGGUCGGCCCAUCAACCUCCACCUCACGUAUUCCUUCCAGAACAAACCGCCGUUCGUCCCGAUAGAUGGAACUUCUUUCACUGAUUCUUCAAUGGACGAACUGUCCGAAGAUUCCUCGAUACACUGCAUGCAGAGCGAAGUAUAA